GUCCAACCUAAAGUUCAGUUUUCUAUUUAAAACGUGGAAAGUAACUCUCAGUAACCCUAAAAAUGGUAGAUUCAGAUCGUAAAAGUGUAAUUGUAGUGCUUGAAUCUAAAGGAGACGAGGAUUAAGAUGAUAAUUUUGAGAUUGGUUUUUCUAAUGAAAAUGGAAAGUAUUCAGAUCUUGCUUGGAUAAAAAAAAAAUUGAUUUCCAAGAGUGAAAGAGUGCAAAAUUCAUUAAAGGAUCGUGAAUUAGUCUUUAAAAGACAAAGUGACAUUAAAGAAGGUGUAUGGGUUGUUGUGAGCGAGGAUUCGCCAGUUAAGUCUGGUUCAAUAAUUAAAUGCACUUUCAAAACCUCAGCCAAAAGGUCUCUCCAUGCUGCUACAAUAGAUGCUGCAGUUAUGGAUCCUUCUUCUAUGCCUCUUGUUUCAAAUGAUGAAUUUAUAAAAGAAUCGGUAGUUGAAAAUGUGUCUACUCCUGUUACUAUAUAUGAUCACUCGUCACAAAAUGUCUCCACUUAUGACAUUUCACAUGAUAAUUUUUUUGUUCUUCCACAAGAAUUGAUUGCUGAAAAUGCUACUUCUCAUUCCUUGCGAGAUGCCUCUGAAGGAAACUGUGUGUUAGACAAUUCAGAAACAAGUACUGAUAUCGUCGACAGCAGCUGUGAUGACCAUGCCCAAAAUAUUAGAAGCGUUGCGAAAAACCUAAAGAAAAGAAAAUUGUUUUUGAAAUCGCGGAAUCCACCCUCAAAGACAACGUGUCUGACAACUGCUGUACUGAAAGAAAGACGAGAACCAACUUCAGUGCCACUGCCAGCCAAUUUCAACUUACCCAAUCGAUUUAGGCUAGACAUUCAGCAGAAGUUGGAUGAUUCAAGUUCUGUUUUCAUGGCUAAAGACCAGUCAGCUUUCCUUCGUGAAGUGGCAAAUGCUAUUCAGCUCUACAGUUACAAGCCCUCAGAGUUCGAGCUAGCCAACAUCGUGUCCGAAAUAUUGCUUAAAUAUCCACAUGCAUCUUCUCUUCCAACUGCUGAGGCCAAACACAAGGAUCUGAUUUAUAAAUUAAAGAGAAUCAUGGAGAGAAGGCGGGCUGAGUUACCAAUUGAACUAUCAGCUGAACAGAAAACCAAGUUGAGAAAUGAUAAUCAUUCCGAUCCUACAAAAUGCUCUCAAGUGGCAAUUGAUGACACCGAUGAGACAUCUUAUUGGAAAAAUGUUGCAAAGAUGUUUGAGAUUUUUGAAAAAGGAACGGUCCCUUAUAGCGACACAGUGGACGCCCUCUUAAAACUUACUUUUUCCAUCAGAAGAGCACUUAUUAUGAAGUGGGUUCCAGAAUCAGGACGAAUGGAAAAAUUUAUGGACAAACACUGCCCAUUUCUAAAACUUCAAACCUUCCUUUUUCUAGAAUUUGAACUCAUCAUGAAAAAAUCGUGUGAAAUUUUCCGACAAAAAUGGACAGAAUCCGCCAAAUUAAUCGUGGAAGCAGCAAAAACUACCAAGAAGAAGCAAAUAGCAAUUCUUUUAUCUUCGCAGCGGUUCCAGAACAUGUCGCCGGAAACGUAUUCUAGAGCUGCUCUUGAAUUGCUACCAUUCUUGGUUCCGGGAAAAGGAAGAGGGGAUAAAGCAGCUCGACAUUUGGUCGAUUCAAGAUUGGAAUCAGCUAAUUUGCAAAGUUGCAUCAUGGAAGAAAGACGUGGAUCGCCAUUCAUCCUAUACAUUGGAUCGACAAUCCACCUCAUUAUGGAGAGUAAUCCAUUUAUGCGAUUUAAUACAACUGCAGACGCCGUGAUUGGAUUAAUGGCGACCUACUACGUCUUCCACUUCAAAUACAGCGAGAAGGUUCAAAAUGCAUUGCUAUUUCUUCAAUCAUACGUUGGCGAAAAGGACAAAGCAAGUGAUACUUGCGCUUCCGUUCAUUCCUUUUCCGUAUUGGUGGAAAAAAUGAAGACAUCUUCAUUUUGAUUGUUAUUGCAUAGAGUUAAUGUGCUCGCCUUAAUUUGUUAACAAAGAAGACAUUAAUAAUAAAGAUCAUGUUCAGUUUUAA